CACCAAGGAAGGUCGGGACAUAGCUGUGGCCAUCCGACAGGCAGUCGCCAAAGCCUUCAAGGAGGGAGAGAAUACACAGGUGAACCCAGCUGAAUGUGAUCGAGUCUACACCAGUCUGGACAGGCUGAACAACGGAUACUGGAACAACAAGUACCCCAGAGUGAAGCCCACCACAUUUACAGGGCUGACGCUGGAAGACUACAAGCUGGUGCUAGCCUCAGAGUCCUUGACUGAUAUGCAGGAAAGCAAGAAGUCCAGCUGGCAGCGCAUGAAGGAGAAAUUCUCUGGCAAGGAAGACAGCAAAGACGCCUAGGAAGUCUGCUUGUGUGUCUCAAGGAAGAAACUUUGGAAAGCUACCAAAUUUGAAGUAGAAGAGAAGGCACCUUUAAGUAGAAGAGUGACUGGAUGUGCUGUGAACUUCUGUACCGGUAGUGCCUUUAUUGAUAUAGUUGUGUUUUUGUAGGUAAUUAUAAGUGUAUCAAAACUUGCUCAGUAUCAAAAGUUACUACUGCUGAUAUUUUGUGGGGAACUAAUCACAAAUCAUGGCAAUAAGACCAAAGUUGCUGACUAUGGACUGUACCAACACCCUCUUCAAACUGAAGAGAACCCCCGGCACCAUCUACGCCUCGGUGGCGGACUCCCACGGCAUCCAGGUGGACUCUGCCAAACUGGACUACACCUUCUUGAAGAACUACAGAGAACAGGAUCAAAGCUACUGCAGCUUAGGCUGCAUGAGUGGCAUCUCUACCAAGGUGUGGUGGACCGAUCUUGUCAAAAAGACUUUCCUCGAUGCGGGGGUCCCCAAAUCCCCGGCCUUAGAUGCUGUAGCAAAGCAGCUGUUCGAGGAGUUCAGUGGGGGGAAGCACUGGGAGGUGUAUCCCCAGACCAAGGAGGCCCUUGAAGCCAUUCGCGACAAGGGCGUGAAGCUGGGAGUCAUCUCAAACUUCGAUGAACGGCUGGAGGAGGUGUUGGCAGAGCUGGACCUGUGCCGCCUCUUUGACUUCGUCCUGACGUCGGUCGACGCUCAGGUCGCGAAACCGAACUGUCGGAUUUUCCAGAUGGCCCUACAGUUGGCCGGUACCGAUGCCUCCCAAGCCGUUCACCUCGGCGAUAACCUGAAGCUGGACGUCCAACCGGCUCUGUGCAUGGGCAUGCACGCCAUCUGGAUCAACCGGAACAACGGAGAUGUUCCGUCGGAGCUCUCUGAAUGCGAGAACUUUCACAUGGUGUCCGACAUCGAAGAGGUGGUAAAAUGCAUCAAGAAAAAGCGACAGGAAAAGCAGAAGUUGAGUGGUUAGACAGACUAAGUUACAGUUUGAAUAUAGCUCCCAUACAGCAGAAGUACAGGGUAUAAUUCUUUGAUAAAAGCCUUCUGUUGCCACUGUAGAUUAGCCUCCAUAGUAGGCUGUCUGGGGCCUUUUUUGGCUCAUAAUACAUGCCAGUCAUCAGCGAUGGCCGGCUAUCAGCGACCCAGUACAAAAAGAAAUGGCCAGCAAAAUGGUAUUAUGAGCCACAAAAGGCCCCAGAGAGGCUGGUAUAGGAUACUAAAAUACCAAAUACACAUGUCAGAAUCAGGUUUAUAUAACAUUAUAUUUUUUAUUAAUGGACAUUAGAUGCACCUCAUACACGUAAAAUGUGU